UGACGGUAUAGAUACUGAAAUUCUUAUUUUUUGUAGUAAUGGCGGUGAUCAGCGACUUACAUCGGGACUGCGGGACUGCAGUGGGCAUUCUGACACUGGGGGGAGCUGACUUGGUGUCACUGACAUCCCCAGUGACACCAAUACAGUGAUCAGUGCUAAAAAAGCACUGACACUGUACUAAUGGCACUGGGCAGGAAGGGGUUACAUGAGGGGCGAUCAAAGGGUUAACUGUGUGCUGUUUGACAUGUUUUACUGGGGGGAGGUGUCUGUGUGGUUCACUGUAAUCACACUUCUCUGGAUGGAUGUGCUGUGCACAGCCAUCCAGAGCAGUGUGCCCGAGCUGACAGGGAGGGAA